AUGCCGGACGAAAAACCGCCCGUUAAUAACAAUGCGUUUUUCAAGCAACUCCUCGAGCAACAGCAAAAUUUUACACAAAAAAUGUUUGAAGCGCAAAAAGCAUGGAUGGAGUCUGUUUUAAAAGACAAAGCUGUAGGAGAAGGUUCCAUGGUGACAUCAUUCCACGCAUUCACUAAAGAGCUCCAAAGUUGGGACUCAUAUCUGGAGCAGCUAAGCCAACACUUUAUCGCUUAUGAAGUCAGUACACCAGAAAAAAAGAAGUCCUUCUUCUUAUCGUGGACGGGCAGCGACACUUUUGAGCUGUUAAAGAAAUUAUUCGGCAGUCAUGACUUGCAAAACUACAGCUAUGCAGAGCUAACGGCAAAAUUAUCAGAACAUUUUAAAAAAGAAACUCAUGUUAUUUCUGCACGCUACAACUUUAAUAGAUGUAGUAUGAAGCCAAAUCAAAGCUACAAGGAGUGGGUCGCUGAUUUGCGGGGCAUAGCAAGGGAAUGCAACUUUUUGUGCAGAAGCGGUAACUGCAGUUAUGAGUACGUAGAUGAGAUGAUACGUGACAUGAUAAUAUUACAUACCCCGCACGACACCGUCCGCGCUGCUGCGUUACAAAAACUCCAACCGACAUUAGCAGAAGGUCUACUGAUAGCGGAAUCAUAUGAGAGCACGACAACAGCGGUGCAAUCGCUUAAGGAAAAUAUAGCCGGUGAAACAACAUCACUCGUGAACGCAGUUAAUAGCUCGAAAGCAUUAUCUCAUAAAACUCGCGCAGAUAACAACAACAAGCGGAUUGUGUACAAGUCUUGCUCAGGCUGCGGUGACUCACAUAGCCGAGAGCAAUGCCGUUUCAAAAAAGCAGUGUGCCGAAAAUGCGGACGAGUAGGGCAUAUAGCACCUGUAUGCAUGUCGAAAAGUACGAGCAAUUAUGCAAAGAAAAGUGCAAAUAAAAAACCGUUCUCGCAAAAAGCUGCCAGGAAGAAUAACGGAUCCAAAGACAAUGUCGACACAAUUGAAACGAUUUAUACCGUGACCGGAGUUAUUAAGCAGCAAGACAACAAAAAUUUCGUUGACUUAAAAAUAUUGAAUAAAUUAAUAACAUUUCAAAUGGAUUCCGGUGCAUCUAUUUCUAUAAUAACGCAAGAAACUUAUGAAAAUCUUAAUAAGCCACCACUGAGCCCGUGUAGACGGUCAUUAUUCGGUUUCGGUAACAAAAAAAUAAAUACUCUUGGUGAGUUCAAAGUGAAUGUUAUAUGUGGUGCAAAGCAAAAACAAGUUAAACUUGUGGUCGCAUGUGUGCACUCUGGCAACAAUCUGUUUGGCGCAGAUCUGUUUGAAGCCUUCGUUUACAAGAUACAGCAAGUUUUAGCUAUCAACGACAUAAUGCCCAAAGUUAAUGCAAUAUUAGAUAAAUUCAGUCAAGUGUUCGAGCCGGAAUUAGGCACCGUCACCAGUUUUAAAGCUAGUAUUAAAUUAAACCCCGAGGCUCAGCCCAAAUUUUUUAAGAGCCGACCAAUUCCUUUUGCAUUAAUGCCUAAAUUUACGAAAGAAGCAAAUAGACUAGUUGACGCAGGAAUUUGGAAAAACGUCAAAUUUAGUGAGUGGGCAUCGCCUAUAGUUCUCACCGCAAAGCCCGACGGUUCAAUCCGUAUAUGUGGUGACUUUAAGGUGUCAAUAAAUAAGCAAAUUGAUGUCGAACGCUACCCGCUACCAACACGCGAAAACUUGCUACAUGUAGUACGGUAUGGUAAGCAGUUUUCUAAAAUAGACUUGAAAGAUGCCUAUUUGCAAUUGGAGUUGGACGAAGAAGCCAAACGAUUACUUGUAGUGAAUACGCCUCUGGGACUGUAUCAAUUUCAGCGAAUGCCAUACGGAAUCGCUAGCGCGCCAGCCAUCUUUCAAAAAUUUUUGGAGCAACUUCUUCAAGGUAUCGAGGGUUGCGCCAACUAUCUUGACGACAUAAUCGUAACCGCACCCACACUUAACGAAAAUCUGAGGAGACUGAACGAAGUUUUCAUGCGUCUGCAAGCGAGUGGACUUAAAUGUAAGAGGGAGAAGUGCGUUUUCCUACAAGACGAAAUCGAAUACUUGGGCAGGCGAAUAAGCGCCAGUGGCAUUUCUCCGGAUGAAGCAGGGGUGGUGGCUGUUAAAAAGCUACGCCGCCCACAAAACCUAAAAGAUCUCGAGGCCUUCUUGGGUAAAGUCAAUUACUAUCAUAGCUUCAUUCCGAAUUUUUCGGAAAUUGCCGCGCCUCUUAAUCAACUCCGUCGGAAGAACGUACGUUUCAAAUGGCAAAGUGCGCAAGAGGACGCCUUUUCGUCUUUAAAAAAUUCGAUAGUGAAAGCAGCUCAAUUAGCACACUACCAGGAGCACCUUCCACUUCUUCUCGCUACUGAUGCAUCGCUCCGCGGCAUAGGCGCCGUAAUCUCGCAUAUGUACCCAGAUGGAACGGAGAGACCAAUAGCAUUUGCGUCUAAGACUCUUGACCAACAUCAGGUAAAAUAUAGCCAGAUCGAAAAAGAGGCCUUGUCAAUUAUAUUUGGCGUACAGCGGUUUCACCAAUAUUUAUAUGGCCGCAAAUUUACGCUGAUCACGGACCACAAACCACUUGUGAGUAUAUUUAGCCCCGAUAAGCAAUUGCCUACAAUGACCGCCCAUCGGCUUCAACGCUGGGCUAUUACGUUAAUGGCAUACCAAUAUGAUAUAAGGUAUAAACCAACAUCACAGCACGGGAACGCCGACGCCCUUUCACGACUACCAUACGCAGCUGAUCCUGAGUUUGACAAAACCGAAGCAUGUUUGAAUGUGGAUCACUUUGAAACACCCGUAAACCCCAGCUUAAUAUUGAAGCAUCUUGAAACAGAUGACACUCUUAAGAAAGUUCGCAGCUUCAUACGUGUUGGUUGGCCAAAGCACCUAUCAACCACCAAUUCGCACAUUUUACCGUUUUUCAAUAAAAAAAUUUCUUUAACUGUUAAUAAUGAUAUUAUAUAUUUGCAGGGCCAAGCAAACCGAGUUGUCAUUCCGCUGUCCUUACGUAAACGUAUCUUGCAGCUCCUGCAUGACGGCCAUUGGGGCGUGGUGAAAAUGAAGCAGCUUGCUCGCAGCCACUGCUGGUGGCCGGGUAUCGACAAAAGCAUCGAGAACCUCGCUAAAGACUGCAAAAUCUGCAAAACGAACUCAUCUAAUCCUGCUUGCGAAUUCAGCAACUGGCCGGAGGCCGCACGACCAUGGGAGCGUGUGCACAUUGACUUCGCGGGCCCUGUAUUUAAUCAUAUGUGGCUAGUAUGUGUAGAUGCAUACUCGCAAUAUCCCUAUGUGACACAGCUGAAAACAACGACGACGACAGAUACCCUUAUGGCUCUAUCCGCCAUAUUCGCUAUUGAAGGGCUUCCCGAGACGCUGGUCAGUGACAAUGGGCCGCAACUGACAGCCGACCUCUUCAAACAAUUUUGCGCUAAAAAUGGAAUAAAACAUGUCACAUCAGCACCUUUUCACCCGGCAUCAAACGGAUUAGCUGAACGCUUUGUUCGCACUUUCAAAACGGCAAUGGUCAAGAAUUUGCAAGAUGGCUUGUCGAUUCCAGCUGCUUUGAUAAAAUAUCUUUCGACGUAUCGUUCAAUGCCCAACGCUGAAGGUAAGACACCUGCACAACUAUUACAUGGUCGCGCCGUUCGCACGUUGCUAUCGCAAGCACUGCCAAUCACUCAGAGUACACCGAACAACAAGGCCAACGCAAAAUUUAAACCCUCGCAACUGGUUUACAUGCGGAAUUAUGCUCGCGGCCCUAAGUGGAUAAAAGGUUGCAUCGACAGAGUUCUGGGCAAAAUGACGUACAUCGUACAUUCCCCGAUGGGCUAUCAAAAACGACACCAAAACCAACUCAAGGAAAGAAACGAAGAUCGUCCCACAGCGCAACCUUUUUUCGACGCCACUGUACAUAAACAUUCGUCUUGCGCUGUUAAUCCCGCUGAGCGUAACAUUACGGAGCAGAGCACCUCUCUUCAUGAAUCGCCUGCAGCUGAACCACUUCGCAGAAGUGAGCGCAACCGAAAUCCGGUUGAUCGUUUUAUGGUUGAGGAUUUUCAAAAAUAG